AAAUAUACCUACAGCUUUCCAUUUUUUCAAAUCAUACUGGAGAAUUCAAAACACUUUAUUAAGCUGGAAUUGGCUUACUUCUUAAUAACCUUUGAUUAUAGGAAGAUAAAACCAAAAAAACCUCUGAAACCACAGCAUUUUGUUUUAUCAAUUACUGUAAUAUUUCUGAGGGUAAUUUUCUAACUCUUGCUAGUAAUGUGGAGGAUUAUUAAACAAGGAAGCAUUAAUAAGUCAUACACAAACUUUGAUGACCAGAGACAUCAAGGUAUAUGGAAAAGUGUUUACUACAGUAAAAAUAAACAUAGUCUUUAAAAAUGUAAACUUAAUUGGCAAUUUGUCAUUUUUAUCACAUAUAACUAAUUUAUUUUAUCCUAGUCUCCCUCAUUUCUUAUUUGAAGUACAGCAAGAAAUGUAAAUAUUUUUUGUGAGGCCAAAGAAACUAAGGAAACUGGAUUAACAAAAACUGUAAAGGAUUUCAAAAUGGAAUGUUGGCUACAACUGUAAUUUUGUGGAGUUGAGAACCAAAUAUUGAGUAGCAUACUAAUAAAGUUACCUUGCUGAUUAUUGUUGAUUCACUUUCUUUAUCAGAAUACGUAGUAAAUUGUUUUGUUGGGAAUCUUAAAUUCCAUUCCUAGCAGAAUUUAUGCUGUGUAAGUAAAGAGAGUUUGCUCAAUUGGAAAACUUGAGGUAGUUAGCUUUCAAGUAGAGGUAUUAAACUUCUAUAAUGUUGUCACAUAUUUAGGAUAUGAUGCUAACACAUAAUUAGUUUUUGCUUUCCAAGAGACAGUACAAAUAACUUUUGUACUAAAAGAGGAUUGUAUGAUAGAUAAAUUAACAUUUAUUGUUUACUGUAUAUCAGAUAUUAUACUUAGUAUCCUGUGCGCCGUACUUGACCUUCACAUUGAUCUAAGGCCAGGGUAUUAUUUUAUGGAUCAGAGAGCUAAGUUCAUUAAUCUUAAGUACGUUGCCUAUGGUCACAUUUUAAGUCUGAAUUUGAAUCCAAAUGUGUAUUAUGUUUCCUACUACACCAUUCUUUAAGCUGCCACAGUACUGUGAACCCAUAAAUAUUUUACAUUUCAAUGUUAAGUUGUAUGAAAUUUGUAAAAAUUGGCCAAAAUUGUAAUUAUCUGUUAAAUCUUGCUGGAACGAGAAAAUGAUUUUCGUGUUUGUUUUGGUAGUCUAUAAUUUAGCAGUGCUGUAUUAUUGCGAGUCAGAUGUAAUAGUAACAAUCAUCUUUCAUAGUCUUUAUCUCACAGUUUUUAACGAAAAGUGUUAAGUUAUCAUUUUCUUUGUAGGCUGUUCAUAGGAUAAACUUUGCUUUAAAAAUUUAAGUUUAUGUGUAACCAAGCUCUGUUUAGCCCUUAGUAGGUAUGCAGUAUAUUGAUGAGAAAGCUGCAUUUACCACUUGGCCUGAGGAAUGUCUUAACUUUUAAGAGUUCUCUAUGAUCACUGACACAUAAUGUGUGGUAUACGUCCCACAUCCAUGGAUUCAACCAAAGGCAUAUAUUGAACGCUUAUACUGAACAUAUACACACUUUUUCCCUAUCACUAUUCUCCAAACAGUACUACAGAGCAACUGUUUUUAUAAUGUGUAUGUAGUACUAGAAGAUGUGUAUAGAUGAUAUGCAAAUGUAUUUGUCACUUGAGAUCCAUGGGGCUUUAGUUCUGGGAUCUCACAAAUCCCAGAAUCUUCAGAUCCUUGAGUCCUUUAUGCCUUUAUAAAAUGACAUCAUAAUUUACGUAUUUAAAAUCAUCUCUAGAUAACUUUUAAUAUCUAAUGCCGUACAGAUGCUAAAUAAGUUAUUAUUUCUUGCCAGUAAUGACAAGAAAAAUGUCUAUAUAUUCAGUGCAGCUUUGUUUGUAUUUUCAGAUAUAUUUGAUUCAUGGGGAAUCCACAGAUACGGAACCCAUGGAUACAGAGAGCCAAAUGUACAGUACCAUCAUAUGGCGAUUCCCGAACUCUUCCACUUUCUGAGAGUGUGAGUGCUGUUCAGAAGUUAGACUUUUCAGAUACAAUGGUGCAACAGAAAUUGGAUGAUAUCAAAGAUCGAAUCAAGAGAGAAAUAAGGAAAGAACUGAAAAUCAAAGAAGGAGCUGAAAAUCUAAGGAAAGUUACAACAGAUAAAAAAAGUUUGGCUUAUGUAGAUAACAUUUUGAAAAAAUCAAAUAAGAAGUUAGAAGAACUACAUCACAAGCUACAGGAAUUGAAUGCCCAUAUUGUUGUAUCAGACCCAGAAGAUGUCACAGAGAAAGAAACAAAAAAAUACAUGGAGAAAAAAAGAGUAGAAAUAAUACAGAAUUACAGAAAAAUAAACGAUUGUCCAAGGACUCCAGAUACUCCAAAUAGUGACCCUCGUUGUUCUACUAGCAAUAAUAGAUUGAUGGCCUUACAAAAACAAUUAGAUAUAGAACUUAAAGUAAAACAAGGUGCAGAAAACAUGAUACAGAUGUAUUCAAAUGGUUCUUCAAAGGAUCGGAAACUCCAUGGUACUGCUCAGCAGCUGCUCCAGGACAGCAAGACAAAAAUAGAAGUCAUACGAAUGCAGAUUCUUCAGGCAGUCCAGACCAAUGAAUUGGCUUUUGAUAAUGCAAAACCUGUGAUAAGCCCUCUUGAACUUCGAAUGGAAGAAUUAAGGCAUCAUUUUAGGAUAGAGUUUGCAGUAGCAGAAGGUGCAAAGAAUGUAAUGAAAUUACUUGGCUCAGGAAAAGUAACAGACAGAAAAGCACUUUCAGAAGCUCAAGCAAGAUUUAAUGAAUCAAGUCAAAAGUUGGAUCUUCUAAAGUAUUCAUUAGAGCAAAGAUUAAAUGAACUUCCCAAGAAUCAUCCCAAAAGCAGUAUUAUUAUUGAGGAGCUUUCACUUGUUACAUCACCAACACUAAGUCCCCGGCAAAGUGUAAUCUCCACACAAAACCAAUACAGUACACUGUCCAAACCAGCAGCUUUAACAGGUACCUUGGAAGUUCGUCUUAUGGGCUGCCAAGAUAUCCUAGAGAACGUCCCUGGACGAUCAAAGGCAACAUCGAUUGCAUUACCUGGCUGGAGUCCAAGUGAAACCAGAUCAUCUUUCAUGAGCAGAACGAGUAAAAAUGAUGUCUGUGCGGUUUUGAAGCUAGAUAAUACUGUGGUUGGUCAAACUAGCUGGAAACCUAUUUCCAAUCAAUCAUGGGACCAGAAGUUUACACUGGAACUAGACAGGGUUACCUUUUUUAAUCCAGUUAUUGAAAGAAGACCAAAACUCCAAAGACAAAAGAAAAUUUUUUCCAAACAGCAAGGCAAAACAUUUCUCAGAGCUCCUCAAAUGAAUAUUAAUAUUGCCACUUGGGGAAGGCUGGUGAGAAGAGCUAUUCCUACAGUAAAUCACUCUGGCACCUUCAGCCCCCAAGCCUCUGUCCCUGCUACAGUGCCAGUAGUUGAUGUACGCAUCCCUGAGCUGACACCAUCAUCCAGUGAUUCUGCAGUAACCAAAUUGGACUUUGAUCUUGAGCCCGAACCUCCUCCGGCCCCACCACGUGCUUCUUCCCUUGGAGACAUAGAUGAAUCUACAUUAAGAGUUUUGGAUACACCUGGACAGGAUUCAGAAACUGUGUUUGAUAUUGAAAAUGACAGAAAUACUAUACUUCCAAAAUCACAAUCGGUAUAUGAUCCUGACAUUCCUGAUUCAGGGCUAGGAUAUAGUAGUAUUCAAGAAUUUGAGGAUAGAAGAUCUCAGCAGAGAUUUCAGUUCAAUCUACAAGACUUCAGAUGUUGUGCUGUCUUGGGUAGAGGACAUUUUGGAAAGGUGCUUUUGGCUGAAUAUAAACACACAAAUGAGAUGUUUGCUAUAAAAGCUUUAAAGAAAGGAGACAUUGUGGCUCGAGAUGAAGUAGACAGCUUGAUGUGCGAAAAAAGAAUUUUUGAAACUGUGAAUAGUGUAAGGCAUCCCUUUUUGGUGAACCUUUUUGCAUGUUUCCAAACCAAAGAGCAUGUUUGCUUUGUAAUGGAAUAUGCUGCCGGUGGGGACCUAAUGAUGCACAUUCAUACUGAUGUCUUUUCUGAACCAAGAGCUGUAUUUUAUGCUGCAUGUGUAGUUCUUGGGUUGCAAUAUUUACAUGAACACAAAAUUGUUUAUAGAGAUUUGAAAUUGGAUAACUUAUUAUUAGACACAGAAGGCUUUGUGAAAAUUGCUGAUUUUGGUCUUUGCAAAGAAGGAAUGGGAUAUGGAGAUAGAACAAGCACCUUUUGUGGCACUCCUGAAUUCCUUGCCCCAGAAGUAUUAACAGAAACGUCCUACACAAGGGCUGUAGAUUGGUGGGGUCUUGGAGUACUUAUAUAUGAAAUGCUUGUCGGUGAGUCUCCCUUUCCUGGUGAUGACGAAGAGGAGGUUUUUGACAGUAUUGUAAAUGAUGAAGUAAGGUACCCAAGGUUCUUAUCGACAGAGGCCAUUUCCAUAAUGAGAAGGCUGUUAAGACGAAAUCCUGAGCGACGCCUUGGAGCUGGGGAGAAAGAUGCAGAGGAUGUAAAGAAGCAUCCAUUUUUCCGGCUAAUUGACUGGAGUGCUUUGAUGGACAAAAAAGUAAAGCCGCCAUUUGUCCCUACCAUCAGAGGACGGGAGGAUGUUAGUAAUUUCGACGAUGAAUUUACCUCAGAAGCGCCUAUUCUGACCCCCCCUCGAGAACCAAGGGUACUUUCAGAAGAGGAGCAAGAAAUGUUCAGAGACUUUGACUACAUCGCCGAUUGGUGUUAAUGUGUACUAGAUACUGUGAAGCCAAGCAGACCGACUCACAAGGAAACCUCUUAAAAUAGCAGCUGUUCAUUUGCUCUCUGGGCCACCAGUAGCUUCUGAGUUUUUUUUGUUUUUUUUAAACACAUGAAGAUUUGUGUAAAAGUACUAUUUUAAUACCUUCUUAAACAGUGGUUUCUCAAUGUUUUUCAACAUAAAUUUGAGCACUGGAAACAGUUUCAUGGAACUUAGUCUGAAUGAACUUUGGCCAUGAAAAUCCACCACAAAGGAAUACUUUUGGAUUAGUAGUCUGUUUUUUUAAAAAUAAGAAAAAAACCACUCUUUGCAGUCCCUAUCUUUGCCAUAAUGCCUGCCUUAAGUGGAGGGAAGAUUAAUCACUUAACUAUUUUCAAAAGCAAACACUAGAGCUUAGAAUGCUAUUACUGUUCACAAAAACUAUGAUUCUGUUUGACUAAGGCAACUGCUCUUUUUUUUUUUUUAAGAAAUUACCAUAAUAUCAAAAGUGUAGUGGCAUUUUAUAAACCUUUGGUGGCUUGAUUUUUUUUUUUAAACAAUGAAUUGAUGUCUUCUUUUGUAAAUUGUAUUUAUCUGGAAAAAACUUUAUUGCCUUAUCUUUACCAACCAUGUAACAGAGCCUCAUAGCUUUCCAACAGAGCUACUUGCCAAACAAUUUCUUGUUUAUUAAUGCUGAAAUAGGAACAUCAGCAUUUACUUAAAACAUUAGACUGAGGACUUCUGAUUAGCCUGAAUCAUGAUACUGUGUUGCCUGUGUGCAUUCCCAAAGUCUAGACACCAGUCUGUCCAGUCCUGUCUUCUAGUCAGUGAGCUGAUUGUCCCCUUUUCUGAUAUGUAUUCUACAGUUACCAGCCUAGUUUAUUUGUACUUGUGUCUGCUGUAGAACCAAGCUGUAUCUUUGUUAAAUCGUAGGGAUUAUCAUUGUAUACAUGCUGUGAACAUGUAUAUGUGAAAGUUGUAAUGUAUUCUGUAAUGUAGGCUUCUUAUUUAAUUUCACCACUUCAUCACUUUUGUACAGUGGCCAGGCAGACACCUCAAACUCCAGCAUUUACAUUAAGUGCAUUUGUAUAUUUUAGGCCACUGGAUCCAGAUUUUAUAUUGGCAGUUACUGAGGGCAAAAGCAAUAUAUUGUAACAGAAUGUAUAAAUAUUUUUGAUAAAACAGUCUAUAUUUUAUAAAAAAUAUUAUAACACUAAAGCUGUACCUCAAAAGUCUCAAAAAUAAUUUGAUCAAAUACUUUUUACAAUUCUUCAAGAGGAUCCGUUUGUGGCUUAUUACACUCUUACAGUAUAUGUUUUACAAAUCAUGACUUUCCAUUUGCUUGGGGUUUUGUUUUACUUUGCUCCUAGUCCAUGUCUUAAUUGUUUUCUCUUAAUAAGAUCUUUGAUCCUGCGCUUAGCAUGUUAGGGUCAUUAUACCUCAGGAAUAACAAGCUGUCAACUAAUCAUGCCGAAUUAACUGUUUAAUCACAAUGAGCUCAUCUCUUAAAAAUUACUGAAAUUUAAAUCCUUAUAAAAAUAGAGUAAUUUGUAAAGAGUUGAGCCUAAUGCAUUUAUAAAUAUUUUGGCCUUGUUACAUGUUUUUAUUGUACUUUGUAAAUGAAACUGUCCAGAGGUAAUUCAUAUUACCUUUAAAAUUAUUAUCCAAGAUACUUUUGGAGAAAAAUCUUUUAAAAAGAGGAAUAAUGUGUUAUUUAAAGUUAUUUUUAAAUGCCAGUUAAACUUCUUUGAGAAAAGACAAUUUGAGAUGUAAGCAUAAUUUUCUAGUUUUAAUUUAAGCAUCAUUAACAGCAUUAAAAUGAAACACUAAAUACUUUUGAGGUACAGUCUGCUCACCUAUCUGGUUCUCAAAUAUGCCUAGAAAGCAAUGUCUACAAUGGCUUUUAGCAUUUUAAAAACUGACAUAGCAUUUUAUAACUACACGGUGUACAGAAAAUUUUUAAUUGAAGUCAGUCACUAAAAAUAUUAGAGGGCAGGGUAUAUUCACACAAUUAAGCUGAAGAAAGCACUAAUUUUUUCUGUAGUUUAAAGUAUAUAUAUAUAUUUUAGUCAGAUUAAAAAUUUUAAGAGUGUAAAUAUAUUUUGCUAUUACUGUAUGUGUAUGUGACUGCUCAAGCACUUUGUAAGGAAGUUAGGGUAUUUUAGAAUGGUACACUAUACAUUUAAAUGAAAUGUGCCUAUGUGUCAUUCUAAGUGUUUUUUGCAGUCAUCAAUUACCACAAAUGCACAAAUUAAAGUUUAAAUAGACUGAAAUUUGUAA